AUGCGCUCGGCGGAGGAGGAGGAGGCGGACGCAGCGAGGGCAAGUGGUACACACGACAACACCAAUGAGAAUGCGGUGGACGUGGCGGCGUUGACGUGCGCUCUCGACGCGGGGCAAGUGGACGUGGCGGUGCAUUGGCUGCAGCUUCUGCUGCUGGAGAACGGAGACCGUCACCAGCAGCCAACCAAGCGCAGGAAAGCACUCAACCGCUCUCGAAUUCGACGACUGAAGACGCUACAGAACGCAGUGGUGCAGAUGCUCAGUGACCACGACACAGACCGAGAAGAAGACACCCUCACACUUCGUCCGGGACUGGCCAAAGCGACCUGCGAGCUGUCGUACUCGCAGCUGCAGAUGUUCGCGUUGCAGAGGAUGCAGCCAUCUAGCACGGCUUAUAAUGUGGUUCGAGCGCUGCAGUUUUGCGACGUUCCCUUGGACUUGACCGCGUUGGAGAGCGCCUGCCACGCAUUGAUGGCCAAGCACGAGGCCCUACGGACAUGCUUCGACGCCGACAUGAACGCUGGAGGACAACCGCGACAAAUCGUGCACCCUUUGACCUAUUUUCAAGGCAAAUUGGGGGUCUUUGGAGUGAUCCAAAGCGAGUUAUUAGCUUCUCGCUGCAACGAAGACUCGUCGAGGGAUGGAGAACUUGCUGCACUUGUGGCAAAAGUGGUGGACGAACCCUUUGACUUGGCACACCAAGCUCCAAUUCGCGUAUACGCGCUCGUUAGCCCAGAUCAGAGCCCAACAUCGCAGUGGGUUCUAGCUGUAGUGCUGCAUCACAUCGUGACCGACGCAGCCUCCAGCCAGAUCUUCUGGAACGACUUUCAUGAGCUGCACAAUCGGUUCCGACAUAGCGAUGAUGCCAUGGUUUCGAAGACGGAAUUCAUUCAGCAGUUGGAGACUCAGGCCUCUAGCGGCUCACGUGUGACGUACCAAGACUUCGCAGUGUGGCAGCGCUUUCGAAUGCGCUCCGGGAUAAUGGCGCCGGCGCUGCAGUAUUGGAUGCAGCAGCUCACUGAGGGUGGUGCACCCCCGCUUCUUGAGCUUCCGUUCGACUCGGAAGCAGCUAUAUCUAGUGCUUCUGACGAGCCUAAAGCGCCUGGAUCGACCACUACAGAGGGCGACGUAGUAGUUUUCAGAUCGACUCCUGCGCUGCAGAAGGCCUUCUCUGCACUGUGUCACGCCCAAGGCGCCAGCAUGUUCAUGGGUCUUCUCACCGUCUUCUACCUCCUGAUCGAGCGCUUGUCCGGUCAACAGGAUUUCGUUAUCGGCGCUCCCUCUUCAGGUCGUGUACGUGACGAGCUCCAGGACGUUAUGGGCUACUUCGUCAACACACUCCCGUUGCGGCUUGGAGUAAAAUGCAGUGAGGUUGCGGACUUCACUGGCUUCCUGGCCUCUGUGCGUGAGGUGGUGCUCGGAGCCUAUAACCACAUGGAGAUCCCCUUCCACAAGGUCCUAGAACACUUGCGAGCGACAGCUCAGAGCAACCGCGACGUGGAUGGAGACGCUGAGCGACGAUGGCAACAUCCACUGUUCCAGAUCAUGUUCUCAUGGGAGAACAGCGACGACGACAUCAAUGCUGACUCGUCUAACGCCAAUAAGCACAUGGAGCUCUCGCUGCCUCACCACUCGGCGAAGUUCGACCUCAUGCUGUCCAUGCGCUAUCGCCAACUCAAGGGAGGAGCUGCAGGGGACCGUGUAUUGGAAGGAUCGAUGGAGUACCCCACCGCCCGAUUUACUCGGGGCACUGUCGAGCGAUUCACGGGCUACUAUCUGACGUUAUUGGAGCAGGUCACCAAUGCCCCAACGGCUGUAGUGCGAUCUCCAACCAUUUGCAUGUUGUCCGAGGCUGAACGAAGGCAACUCGUGUCCAAGUGGGGGAUGCCGAAGCCUCCCUCUUCGUCAUACGAUAAACCGUCGAGUUUCCUGGACGAGUGUUUAUUUUUCCAAGUGCAGAAGACGCAGCAUAGUCCUGCACUGCACUUUGAAGGCACGGAAUGGACGUACCGAGACCUGUGGGAACAAAGUGGACGCGUCACGCGUGCACUGUGCAUGCUCGACCUUCCAGGUUGCGCUGCUGAGCUGCAUAUCGGACUGCUACUGGAUCGAGGGCUGCAAAAUAUCGCAGCUAUGGUGGGUACUUUGCGGUUGAAAGGGGUCUUUGUGCCGCUGGACCCGGAAUUUCCACGUGAGCGUCUGCGCUACAUGGCAAGAGAUAGUGGGCUUCAAGUGAUCAUCACACAGCAGAAACACUAUGAAGUCGCUAGGUAUUUGUCGGCCUCGGUGACUAAUGGCUCUGAAGAUGCCGACGAUCUGUCGCCGUGCGUCCUGUGCUACGAAGACGUCGACGCCCUGACUUCGCUCUACGGGCACUCACGAGACGACAUUCGAUCCCAGAGCCGAGACUCGCGAGACCCUCAUAAAGCCGCCGCAUACAUCCUCUACACCUCUGGGUCGACAGGGAAUCCGAAGGGAGUCGUAGUUCCCCACGCUGCUCUCAUGACUACGCUCUGGUGGACAGUGCGGACCUACGAGGUGACUUCAGACGACGUGUUCCUCCAGAGCACAUCAACAACACUCGACGGUUCACUUUCCCAGCUCUUUUCGCCUCUGCUAGUGGGAGGGAGCGUUCGAAUCACUCGUCCGAAGGGCUUGCACGAGCUGCACUACAUGCGGAAUGUGCUGUUGGAAGCUCCUCACAUCACAUUCUGUGUGUUCGUACCUUCAUACUUCGCGCUGAUCGUGGACUUCUUAAGCGACAAGGGCGACAGCUUCCCUACCUCAGUCAAACACGUUGUGCUAGCGGGCGAGGCCUUCCCCAUUGAACUGGCAAGGCAGUUCUACCGCAAGUACCAAUACAGCACGGCGUGUCUAGUCAACGAGUACGGACCGACUGAGGCUUCUAUCACGUCAACAGCGUUCCAGCUGCCUCGAGAGCUGGCAAUGCAGAGCACUUCGAGUAUCAUUGAGGGAUUACAGAGCGUUCCGAUCGGAAAACCCAUUGACGAUCACCCUGUCAUUGUACUCGAUGCUCAGCGACGGCUAGUACCAGUAAACGUCCCUGGCGAGCUUUACAUUGGCGGUGUAGGUGUUGCAAGAGGCUACUGGCACCGUCCUGACCUCACUGUAGAGGCUUUCAUUGCUCACGAGGAUCUUCACGAAAUCGCAUCGAUAGUCCCAAAGCGUGGACGGAGGUGGUACAAGACAGGGGACUUGGUCAAGUGGUUGCCUAGUGGAGAUCUCGUCUUCCUUGGACGCACAGACGCUCAAGUGAAGCACCAUGGGAUGCGGAUUGAGCUGCAGGAAGUGCGCAAUGUGCUGCUACGGUACUCGAGUAUCAAAACGGCUGAGGUACUGUCCAUUUCUCAGCCGAAAUCUCCUGGAAGAAAGCAGCGGCAAACCUCCUCGAGCUCGUUGGUGGCUUUCGUUAUGCUAGUCGACUGCGUCAACGACGGAUCAACGGGAGAGGAAUAUAUUGAUAAGCUCCGCGUCUACCUCCGUGAUCGUCUGCCAGUGCACAUGGUGCCUCAAUCCAUUCGAGUCGUAAGUAGCUGGCCACGGACACCUAACGGGAAGAUCGAUCUGCGCGCUCUGGCUGGUUGGGCUGGCGCACGGUCGAGUAAUAGUGAGCCAUCAAACCGUGGAGGAAUUACUUCGAAUGGCUCCACAGUCACGGUGCAAUUGGCGAUAGACAUAUUGCGGCAAGUUUGGAUCCAAGUUCUCGGCCUCGACCACCUCAACGACCAAGAAAAUGAUGAAGCUGAGGAGCUCGAGGAUCGACUGAUGACCCGCUCGUUCUUUGAGUUGGGCGGUGACUCUCUGGCGGCUAUCCGUGCUAUUGCUCUUGCUCAAGCGCGGGGGCUGUCGUUGUCUCUAGAACAGUUCUUCCGUACAUCCUCGCUGCCAGAAAUGGCCAGCAGUGCUGCAGCUUCUAUGUCGUCGGACGUGAUGCCGACUCUGUUCUUGUUCCAUGACGCUGACGGCACAGUGUGGAAAUUGCUGGAGUUAGCUAGACAACUGCCAUUCCCAGUCAUCGGUGUUCAAGCUACCACUGAUUCUGACGCUAUUGCUAAACCACAAUCUGCCAGCGUUGAAGAGCUCGCCAGAGGUUAUUGGGACAACAUCCGCGAGCACCAACCUAAAGGCCCCUAUGCUUUUGGUGGGUUCUCCUUUGGCUGCCGUGUGGCACACGAGGUAUCACGUCUAGCUGUGAGUCAAGGGCAUGAUAUCUUGCCGCUUAUUCUGCUCGAUGGUCUCCCCUUCGAGGUGCCUUCCACCCAUCAGCAAGUUACCAAAGCCAAAAAGGCAGCGGCUCGGAUCCGAAUUGAAGAGUACGCGGUCGAAGCAUUUAGCGACGAGCUACUCCGACCUCUGGGGGUAAAUUACCGCAGGUUUUGCGCCAUGGAGGAGACCUACCAACCCUAUACGGCUGCUCAAGUGGAGACGGGGCGUAGCUCUGAGCCGCCGAUCUGGCUGAGCGCGGACUUGUACAUGACUCAGCGCUGGAAUGCAGACGUUUCUCAGUAUCGAGCUCUGGGGAUUGAUAUUUCCACGGGCGUCACUCUACAAAACUGUACGCACCUAAACAUGCUUCGCCACCCCACCGUUGAAGUGAUUGCGCGGCAUAUCCGGCAACGCGCCAGUAUGAAAUAA